GUAUUCGCCGUUUGGAAUAAUGUGUCUGAUUACGGGAAAGAUCCUGGAAAUAGAAGAUCUGGCUGAUAUGGCACGAAUGUUGGCGAUGUACGUGGUGACUGUGCUGCUCGGGCUAGUAAUCCAUGCACUAAUCAGCCUACCGCUCUUGUUCUUCAUCUGCACCCGAAAAAAUCCAUUUGCUUACAUGCGAGGUUUGCUGCAGGCAUGGGUCACUGCACUUGGGACUGCAUCCAGUUCUGCAACACUUCCAAUGACAUUCAAAUGCCUGGAGGAGAAUUUGGGAAUCGAUCGCAGAGUUACUCGAUUUGUUCUACCGGUUGGAGCAACCAUCAAUAUGGACGGAACAGCGUUGUACGAAGCAGUCGCUGCAAUUUUCAUUGCCCAGACUAAUGGCGUUCAUUUGUCGUUCGGGCAGGUCGUUACCGUUAGGUUUGAUUACGUUUUUCGUGCCGUCCGUCACCGUUUUCGGGAGGAUGCGGGCAUGUCGCAAAUGCGCUGCUGCUCCCUGUAAGC